AAAAAAUUUUUCGAAAAUGGCUGCUAUUUCCGUUUAACAAUUUUUCCUGUCUUUCUGAAAAGCGACGAUUACAAGUCGACACCAUGAGUUCCUUGAAACUUCAAAAGAGGCUGGCAGCCUCUGUUAUGAGAUGCGGCAAAAAGAAGGUUUGGUUGGAUCCCAAUGAAAUUAACGAAAUUGCCAAUACCAACUCCCGCCAAAACAUCCGCAAAUUGAUUAAGGAUGGUUUGAUCAUCAAAAAACCCGUGGUCGUACACUCCCGCUACCGUGUCCGUAAGAACACUGAAGCUCGUCGCAAGGGCCGUCACUGCGGCUUUGGUAAACGCAAGGGUACUGCCAAUGCCCGUAUGCCAACAAAAUUCUUGUGGAUGCAACGUCAACGUGUACUCCGUCGUUUGUUGAAGAAGUACCGUGACAGCAAGAAAAUCGAUCGUCACUUGUACCACGAUUUGUACAUGAAGUGCAAAGGUAAUGUUUUCAAGAACAAGCGUGUCCUCAUGGAAUACAUCCACAAGAAGAAGGCCGAGAAACAACGUAGCAAAAUGUUGGCUGACCAAGCUGAGGCCAGAAGACAAAAGGUACGCGAAGCCCGUAAGCGCCGUGAAGAGCGUAUUGCCAACAAGAAGCAAGAACUCAUCAACAUGCACGCUAAAGAAGAUGAAAUUGCUGCCCAAGCUGCCACCACUGGCAAGAAAUAGAUUUUUUUAGAGUGUAGUUUUUCAAACAACUAAAGUUGUUUAUAGAAAAAAUAAAACCGUUUUUAUAAUAAAAACUAAAAGUAAAUGUUAAAAAACUAAACUCAA